AGCAAAAGGCAUAAUCUUUUUUGGACUAUUAGUUUUACCUCAACACCGGAAAACAUGCGUCAAUGAUAUGCGUAAACGUCAGCUGAUUGACAUUAAUACUUAGAUUACAAUGUCACGAUUGUCUCAUGUCACACCACAAGGCUUUUCGUACCGAUUUUAUUUUGCGCAUCCAGUAGUGAAAUUUGCGCAACCAUUGUGUUUAAACGCGUAUCAAAUAAAUAUAUAUUUAAGAUCUGAAAUCGCAUGCUGCGUGUAUGUCAUUGAUUCCGACUGAAAUAUGAAACCAGGAUAAGCACAUUGUGUUUCCUGGCCGACCAGCCAGCGUAAUAAGUGGUUCGACAACAAACAAAGUGAACAAGCGAUUCAUUUACAGUUCCGAAUCAUCAUGUUCCUCGUAAUAAAGACGUGAUCUCAUUAUCUUGAUGGAUGGGGUGUGUAAUUUAUUUAUGACUAUUUUUUACCUCUGUAGUCAUUUGCAAUUCACAAUGAAUCGAUGUAUGACUAAAGUUUCCUAUAGUGUUUAUAUUUCAAAAUAAGAUAUAGAUCCUAAAUAGAUGUCGAACUCUUCCCAAAUUUAAACUCUAAGCCAGUAAUUUAGUUUCAGUUAUGAAAAGGAGGGAAUUUUUCGUAUUUCACAGUAGGCAGAAUUGAAAACAGUAAGUGUAGAUGACCUUUGGGCUCGCUUGGGCUUUAUCAUAAAAUUUUUUGCCACCAUAUCAUGAUUAUCAUCCAUACCAUAGCCGGCUCCAUGCGCAAUGGAGAGAAAUAAAUAACGCGCUACACGCCUACACUACAGGUUAAAGGCUAAACUACUCUUAUAGAAAUAUAUUACAAAUACAUGGUAGGUAUUAAAAUUAUUGACAGAAUGACCGAAACAUUGUUUUUGCGGAGGCGUAGCCCGCGUAGGUAAGAUUUAAAAGGGCCGACAAGUGCGUGGGGCGUGCACACUUAUUCUGAUAGCAUGAAUUUUCUCACGAAGGCUACAUUUUUGCCAGAAGGGACUGGCUCACUGGCUGUCCAUGAUUUCUAUCCUCCCCCCCCCGCCCUUCGCAGACGUUUUGCUCCCUCGUCUACUGUAUAUUUUCUGGAAACGUGGCUUUGUCUACAAACGACGUUUUCCCUAUGUAUUUUUUCCAAAAAAUGCUAGAUCCGAUCAUUCCAAUGUUUCUGUUAAGAGUAAUACACAUGUAACAAAUUAAACAAAGAGUAUUCUGUUUUAAAAUAAUUAAAAGAAUAACCUGGAAAGACUUGAUUUCAUUAUGACAUACAUGAAGUAUUGGGGAUCUGAGCACGUUUUGAAGAGAGAAUGAAGAGAUGAAGAUUUAAACUGAGCAUGCAUUGUCUUUGAAGACUCGAUAGAAAGAAAAAAACAAUUUCGGUUACUUAGUUUGGCUUUACAUUUCAAGAUUGUUUUGUUCAGCUUUGAUACUGCAAUUGUGUGGACAAGAUGGCUGGAGACGAUGAUGAUGACGGCGGAUAUAGAUGGUUGAAUCAGUAUGAAAAAACUUGGGAGGUUAUUCAGGAAGAUGCACAAGGAGGCUUGCAGUUUGUUGACGAUGACUUUAUACAACGUGCUAAGAGAAGGAGACUUUUGGCACAACCCGGGAAUACUCGUCUCGGCAUGAUGCGUCAUUUGUUUAUUAUCCUUGAUUUAUCAAAGGCAAUGGGAGUGGCGGACCUUAAACCAUCCCGACUGUUGUGCUCUUUGAAGCUCCUUCAAAACUUUACAGUCGAAUAUUUUGACCAAAAUCCAAUUUCUCAGCUAGGUAUCAUCACAACAAACAACAAAAGAGCUGAAAAAUUAAGUGAGCUGACUGGCAACCCACGAAUUCAUACAUCGGCUCUUUCUCAGAAAGAAAAACCAAACAUAUGUGAAGGUGAACCUUCCUUACAAAAUGCCCUGGAAACAGCAAAGAGAUCUUUAACUCAUCUUCCAAGUCAUGCAAGUCGUGAAAUUUUGAUUGUUUUUGGAAGUUUAACAACCUGUGAUCCAAGUGAUAUCUUGGAAACUUUUGAGUCCCUGAAGGAGUGUAAGAUCCGAUGUUCAGUUAUUGGUCUGUCUGCUGAAGUCAGAGUUCUCAAAACACUUGCUACUAUGACUCAGGGUGUCUAUGAUGUAAUUUUGGAUGAGAAACAUUAUAGAGAUAUUCUUAUGCAACAUGUUAUACCACCAAGUGCAAAGGCUGAUGCAGAAGCAGCACUCAUACGUAUGGGCUUCCCACAGCAUCUAAUAAGUUCAACACCAUCAUUAUGUUUGUGUCAUUCAGAAGGAGAAUGGAACAAAGAAAUAAACAGCUCUGGUUACUUUUGUCCACAAUGCAACAGCAAGUAUUGUGAAUUGCCUGUCCAAUGUAAAGCUUGUGGUCUAACACUUGUGUCUGCUCCACAUCUUGCACGGUCAUUUCAACAUUUGUUUCCACUUGCACAAUUCGCUGAAAUUACCUCAGAUGAAGUGUCAAAUAAAAAAUAUUGCCAUAGUUGUGAGUCACUACUCAGUAAAAAUUUAAUCUACAAAUGUCCAGAAUGUGAUGAAAGAUUUUGUUUCGAAUGUGAUCUUUUUAUUCAUGAAACAUUACAUGUAUGUCCUGGAUGCUCUAGCAAACAUACUGUUAAUAACACUGUAUAAUUCAUGUUUCUCUUUAAAGUUAGUAGAUAACGAUAAUGGCUGUGCCAAUAUUAUAUGUUAUUUUCUUAUCUAAGUAAUGUACCAAUAAAGAGGUAUUUAAUGAAGACUGUUCUCUGUAUCCAUGGCUAUUAAAAAGACUGCACCUAAAUUCACCAGCAUCAAUUGUCCCCUGGUGUUAUAUUUUAUUUUACCCAUGGUCCAAAGUUGUAUUUUUGUAACAUUCUUACUAUAGAAUUGUUUUUGAUCCCACUGUUCUCCAAUCCUAUGUCUUGUAUCCUCCCACCUAGAUCUAUUUCUGUUAACAGUAGAUGCUUUUGGUAUAACAAAUUUAUCAGGAAGCUAUGAUUUACCCUUUAACCUUGACUU